AUGGAUCCGAUCAUGAGGUCCAACCACAAAUUUGGACCAGAGGAGAAGCAAAUCUAUGAGGAAUUUCAAAAGAAUAGGAGGAACUUCAUCAUCAAAUUUAACAAAGGCAAAGAGGUGGUAAUUCGCUCCUUCAAACAGGAGAAUCCUAAAAGGAAAAGUCAUGAUAAUCUUUUUGAUCCUCCAAAAAGAAUAAAACCAAACGUACCAAAAUAUAUACCAACACCAAUAGAAAAAUUACCAAGACAUCCAUCAUUCCCUCCACCCCUCAUUGAGUUUAACGCACCUGAUGACAAAGAAAAAGAGAGGUCCUGGCUGCCAAAAGUGAACACAUCUUCGAAUGUAAAAUCCAUAGAUCCAAUUGACCAAUUAGGAUCAUGUUCCUCUACAUCAUCAUCGAUAUCAUCAUCAUCUUCUUCUAGUUCCAAAACCAAAACAUACACACCAGAGAGUAUAAAACCCAAACUUAAUCAAAUUUCAGAAACCAAGACAAAGACACCAGAUAGUAUAAAACCUAAACUUAAUCAAAUUUCAGAAAACAAUCAUAAUUGGAUCAUAUUAAAUGUUGGGGGGAAAAUGUUCGGUACCUCAAAAGAUACCGUAUCAAAAGACAAUGGAGGACUGUUAGCAAAAUUAGUCCAUCCGGAGUCAGGGGUCAAACCAAUAUUGGCAAAGAAUUGUUCCACACCUAUAUACAGAAUAGAUCGGGACCCAAAACAUUUCGAUCAAAUAUUGAACUAUCUCAGAAAUGUUGGUGAAACACCUAUAUCCCGACUCAUUCCACUUAAUUAUUCUGCACUGGAGGAAUUCUUGUUGGAAGCAAAAUAUUACGAGUUGUCUGGCUUGGUCACAAUCAUCCAAUCCAGACCACUAGCACUGGACGUUGUUAAUUCUACAUUAAUAUUAUAG